ACACUCUUCAGUGCAUUGCAGAAAUGCUGAGGAUCACAAAGCAAGCAAUGGGAUUGGAUGUGCCCAUUAUUGAGAAAAAGCUAGAAAGGAAGAGCAGUAAGCCUCACGAAGACAUCAUUGGCAUUCGGUCUCAGAACAGAGGGUCCCUGGCCCAAGGCAAGAAUUAUUUGCUGAGCAAGUUCUCCUCUCUCAAUCAAAAAGUGAAGCAAACCAAAUCCAAUGUGAACAUCAGCAACCUCCGCAAGCUGGGCAGCUUCACCAAACCUGAGGUGAAAGUCAACUUUCUAAAACCAAAUUUGAAAGUGAAUCUUUGGAAAUCAGAUAGCAGCCUGGAAACUUUAGAGAAUCCAGUGGUAGAUGCUAAAGUCCAUACCGAGUCUGACACAGAAGUGUCAGAUAAUGAUUCAUUCCACUCGGAUGAUUUCCUGACCAAUUCCAAAUCUGAUGAGGACAACCAGCUGACCGACUCUCUGGAGAACAUGGGGCAGACAGACUAUGUGCUGCCUAGCUGUGGGAUCCUUGCCUCAGCCCCACGGCUGGGCAGUCGGUCCCAGUCCAUAAGCAGCACAGACAUGAGCAUCAGCAUUCAUGUUCCAUCUGAGGUCCCUGGCUCUCAGGCUGGCCAGUCUGACUGUGAAGAUGUACCCAUGCCUUCUGCUGACCAUGUGGAGAUGGAGUUUGCUAAGCCUAUUGAUGUGUACUGCCAGAGGUUUGUGCAUGAUGCUCAAAGUAAGGUGUCAGGUGUUUUGGAGGCUGAGGCUGGUUCUCAAGAGCCCCAUCACAUCAUAAAUCAAGCCAGCAAUAAUACAUCUGAGAAGGCAGAAACCAAGGCUGAAGCUAUCAGAGACGUUCCUUCCAGGCCAUCUAAGCUGGACGUACAGUCUUCUGAGCCAAAUCCUCAGCUCCUAGCUGUGGGUGGGAGUGACUUCACUAAGUCCCAUAAAAGCCCAGGGUCUGUGUCUGGCCACGCUGAGUCAGGACUCCCCACGACUCCUUCUCCCGCCGACGGCAGCAGCAGCAGAGCCGUGUCUCCUUUCGCGAAAAUUCGCAGUUCCAUGGUCCAGGUAGCUAACAUCACACAAGCAGGAUUGACUCAAGGGAUUAAUUUUGCUGUGGCAAAGGUUCAGAAGAGCCCUGCAGAACCAGAAGCUAUGAGUGAGAUCAAACAAAAAGAACUGAAAGAAAUGUUUACGCAAUGCCAGACACGAAUAAUUCAAAUCUAGCUGCUCGUUUAGGGAGUGUUCUUCUAGUUGUGGCUUU